CUAUACUUAACCGGCCAUUUGUUAGACAAUUAUCGAACUGUAAGCGGUUUUAGUGGCAGAUGGAGCAAGAAUCGUUAGUCCAAGUUUUCAAAGUCCAAGGAAGAGACAAGCUUGGCCGGAGGCUUCUCCGCAUCAUCGGCAAGCUUUUCCCAGCCAAGAUAACAGAGCAGGCAGUGAAGAAGUAUCUGGAGGAGAGGAUAUUUCCAGAGUUGGGUAGUAAACCGUUCUGUGUCGUCUAUUUCCACACCAACGUCCGGCGAUCGGAGAACUUCCCAGGUAUCUCCACCAUCCGGUCUAUAUACGAGGCUAUCCCCGCCGCUAUCCGGGAUAACCUCGAGGCCGUCUAUUUCGUCCACCCGGGCCUUCGCUCCCGACUCUUCCUCGCCGCCUUCGGCCUGCUUCUCUUCAGUUCCGGGUUAUAUGGGAAGGUGAGGUACGUGAGUCGGGUGGAGUACCUGUGGGAGCGAAUGAGGAGGGGGGAGGUGGAGGUGCCAGAAUUCGUGCGGGAGCAUGAUGAAGAGCUGGAGGACCGUCCGCUGAUGGAUUACGGGCUGGAGAGAGAUCGUCUCUGCAGCCGCUCGUAUGAUGCUCCCGCCAUGGACAUAUCUGCCCGGUCUAUGUACUCGCUCCGGCGUAUUUCAUAGAUCCCACCAGGAUACCUGUUCUUCUUUUG